CCCGCACACCCUUGGCUCUGCACUUCGCAAUAUCCUGCAUCUAUAUACAUAGGCCAACAUGGCGGAUCGCAUGUUGUCGCUCAACAUCCCGACCACGACGCUUGCUAAACUUCUCAAAGCCGGCUACGAGUCUGCAAAUGACCUGCAGGGCGCAACGCCGGAAGGGCUCGCAAAGGAUCUACGUAUAUCCGUGGAGGAAUCAACCCACAUCCUUGCGCGCGCCAACCGUGCCCGGGAGCCGCCUGCGAGCACGCCGGCAUCUGCAACGCCUGGCCCUUCAAUCGCGUUCUCGCUUCCUCUGACGCAGUCGGUUGCAGAGCUUACUGCCACGGCAAACACGCAAGGCGAUCUCAAGUACUCGACUGGAUGCCCGCCUGUCGAUCGUCUAUUGGGAGGAGGUCUGGUGCGCGGUGGCGUCGUGGAGGUCUCGGGACCUCCAGGGAGCAUGAAGGAACAUGUAUCGAUGGGCGCGAUGAAGGGCUUUGUGGAACGCGGAGACGGUGUUAUCAUUGUUGACACGCAAAACAUGCUUUCGCCGUCAACCGUCAUGACUUCGCUGAUCGAUGCCCAUAUACCCGCAGAGUCAAGAAGCCUCGUUCGAUAUACGCGUAUGCAUACACUCAUGGACCUUCUCAUCUUCAUGAGCAACUUGUCAACGGAAAUCACUGAGCACCCUGAGGUGGGGUUAUUGGUCUUGAACUCGCUUUCUUUUCCCUUUGCAUCGCCGGCCUACACAUCGCUCCCCCCGUCUUCCAAGAACAGCAUAUGUGACCGAAUCAAACAGACUUUGUCGAAAAUCUGCGCUACCAGGAAGUUGACGGUUCUUAUCACGACGCAGAUGGCCACGAAGCUCAUCAACGCGGACGGAUCUGCGGGAACCUUUGACACUGGGACCCGGGCCAUCAUGUUCCCCGCCCUCAAUAGCGCGUACCUUCCGUCUAAGCGUACACAUCGGAUUGUGAUUGUUCCACAUUCGCGAACGGAGGGCGUCUUACGGCUUUUGUCCUCGCCAGCUCAUAGUCAUGAUCGGGCAGGCGCAGCCACCGGAUCUUGCAC